UCUGUUCUCUCUCAAACCCCAAGUUAAGAAGAACAUAACCCUUAAAGUAACAAACAUGUUGCGUCUAGUCAUACUCUCUCUAACUCUCAUUGCUCUCAUUAACUCAUCAAACAUCCCAUGUACAACAGCUACCCCACCAGCCAAAUACCAAAACUACAAAACAUAUGUAAAAACAGCAUGCAACUCAACAACAUACCCUACAAUGUGCUACAGCUCAUUGUCCUCCUACUCUUCAACCAUCAAAUCCGACCCAAUCAAACUCUGCAUAACAUCGCUCAACAUCAACCUCAAAUCCGCCAAAAAAGCCUCGUCCGUCGUCUCUAGCCUUCUCAAAAAGGCCAAAUCCACUUCCAGCCCUGAGGUUCCAAUCCUCAAGGACUGCUUGGAGGAGAUGAAGGACACUGUCGACGAGCUCAAGCAAGCGACAGCCGAGAUGAAGAACCUCAGCGGAGGAGGAAUCUCAAAGGAGGAGCAUCUAAGGAACGUGAAAACGUGGGUGAGUUCGGCGUUGACAGACGAGAGCACGUGCACGGAUGAGUUAGAGGAAGGAGAAGUGAAUGCGGACACGAAGAAGAAGGUGAAGAAGACUGUUUCUGAGCUUUCAUGGACUACAAGCAAUACUUUGGCCCUGAUGACUAAUUACCUAGGUUACUGAAAUUAACCAUUACAUUCACCUCUUAUCUUUGCAUGUGCAUGUUUACGUUUUCUUUUCUUUUUUUGUUUGCUUGUUAAAGGUGAACGUUUCGUUUUGUUUUCUUUAUGUCAUGAUUAGUGU